GCAUUCAUUGUUAAAUUGUUUUCAUUCUGCUAAAGAGUCUGAUUCUCAUCGCUUAAACGUCUUGGAAUUCUCGAUGAAGAAAAUAGUGCUAAAAGUGGCCAUUGAAAACGAGAGCAGCAAGAAAAAGGCCCUCAAGCAGGUUACAGGUGUUUAUGGGGUGGAUUCUGUGUCUGUGGACAUGAAGGAAAAGAAGAUGACUGUGAUAGGGGAUGUGGAUCCCGUCCAUUUGACCUGUAAACUCAGGAAACUUGGCUUCGCAGAUUUGCUGAGCGUGGGUUCUGCGAAAGAGGAGAAAAAGGAAGGCGAGAAAAAAGAGGAGAAAAAGGGGGCUGAGAAGAAAGAAGAGAAGAAACCUCAAGGUGAAACAAAGGAGAAUAAAGCAGAACAUCCAAAAGUUGAAGUUGUGUAUCAUGUGCCCAUGAGCUACGAUUAUAGACCGUAUCAAUACACUGUUGUGAGGGAAGAGUAUCCUAAUGUUGUGUAUGUGCCUAUGAGCUACGAUUAUAGACCGUAUCAAUACACUGUUGUGAGGGAAGAGUAUCCUAAUACUUGCGUUAUCUGUUGAACAAGUCUCUCUGUGCUUUUAAACAGCCAUCAUUUGUAACUUAAAGCAACUUUAUUUGAUUCCUAGUCACGUCUUGAGAGCAUGGAGUAAGAUUUCUAGUUUAAGGAAAACCCAGAUUCGUAUGGUAAUACUAAUGAGACAAUUUACUGGAAGCAAGUGCUUGUCAAGAAAAUGAGAUCGUCCAAGUUCGUAAUAUGGCUACCAAAAAGGAAAUCUGAUAAUGUUAUCGAGCAGUUUGUUUUGGAUUAUGAUGGAAUGGUUGAACUAGGUUUAAGUUUUUAAUAUGAAUGAGAUAAGCAGGCGAGUUUUUAUGUUGGAGUGUCAAAAGUAGUGAAAACAUUUCAGAAAGUUGCUUCAAUAGCCAACUUUGUUGCCUCUAUUUGAAGAAGGAGAGAGUUUUGUUUUUAGGAGAUUAAUUUGUUUUAUAUGUUGUAGCU